CUUAAGCUGGCUCCAUGCUCAUUGAGGAGCCUGAAGCAGGACUCGACCCCAUGACCAUGAGAUCAUGACCUGAGCCGAAAUCACUCCACCGAUUGAGAUACCCAGGCGCCCCUCUCCACACAGGUGUUAACAAUUAUUAUCGAAUAUGCUAAGAUUUAAGAACCUAGAGUUUUCGUGCACAUCUUUCUUCCAGCUUCCUAGCACAUUCCAUACCUCCCACCUUGGACGCAUAUGCCUGCAAUAGGCUGGAUGCAUCCCUCUCUAGUUUAUCUGAGGUCUGCCCAUUCUCAUUUGGUCCCCAUGGACAUUUUAAUUCAAGAAAAAUAUAUUGAACAUCUAUUAUGUGUGGAGAGCAAUAUCCUGAAACAGAUUCAGUGAACAAAACAGACAAACCACCUUCCCUCGUGAAGCUGUAUUUUAGGGGCAUGGGAAGAACAAAGAGUAAAACUACAUAAACAUAAUAGACGAGUGAAUUAGGCUUCAUAUGACUUUGUGUCUUAUUUAUCGACUCUGGGGCCUAGGUUGGUCACUUCUGUAGUCUCACUUUUCCCUGCCUGUAAAAUCAGAUGACAGUGACCCUUCUCACAUUGGGGGAAUUCCAACUGAAUUCCAGGAGGAUUCCAGGAGAGGAUGGUGUUAUUUAUUUUUUAUUUUAUUUAUUUAUUUAGGGACAGAGAGAGACAGAGCAUGAACGGGGCAGGGGCAGAGAGAGAGGGAGACACAGAAUCGGAAACAGGCUCCAGGCUCCGAGCCAUCAGCCCAGAGCCUGACACGGGGCUCGAACUCCCGGACCGCGAGAUCGUGACCUGGCUGAAGUCGGACGCUUAACCGACUGCGCCACCCAGGCGCCCCGAGAGGAUGGUGUUAAACGUCUAGCAUACAGGGAUGUCUGCCUUCCCACCCCAAUCCAGACUCCUCCUGUCAUUCUGGGUGACCACAUGGGGCGGUGCAGUAUAGCUUUCUGUUAUGGACGGAAAUGCUCUAAUCUGCUUUGUUUACUGUAGUGACCACUAGAGUGGCUGUUGUGUACUUGAAAUGUGGCUAGUGUGAUUGAGGAACUGAAUUCCGUUGCCGGCGUCCAGCUGCCAACUUUCUGCCUGGAUCUGGCUCCUCAUUUCUCCGGCCUUCCCAGACCAAAGCCCUCAGGGUAUGUAACAGCCAUGCCUGUGGACACACUGACUCCGGGAGCCCGGGACACCCCUGCCCUACCUUUCCGCCUGCGGACCAAAGUCCCCGGCUACCUGCUACGGCGGCCAGCAGAUGGUGGAGCCCGGAAACCCAGUGCUGUGGAGCGCCUGGAGGCUGACAAGGCCAAGUACGUCAAGAGCCUGCAUGUGGCCAACACCCGCCAGGAACCUGUGCAGCCCCUGCUGUCCAAACAGCCACUCUUCAGCCCUGGGACUCGCCGCACGGUGCUCACGCCUAGCCGCCGAGUCCUGCCUGGCCCUGGCCGCCGGCCCCAGCUGGACUUGGACAUCCUUAGCAGCCUUAUCGACUUGUGUGAUAGUCCCGCGUCCCCUGCCGAGGCCGGCCGUACCCCUGGACGGACAGAGGGAGCCCACCAGGCGCCCCCAGCCACCCCCCCACGCCCACCACCCAGUACAGCUGCGGUUCGCCGAGUGGAUGUCCGUCCCCUGCCUGCCUCACCUGCCCAGCCCUGCCCAUCGCCAGGCGCUACCACUGCCUCCAGCCCGGCCCGCCCCCCGGGUUUGCAGCGCUCCAAGUCGGAUUUGAGUGAGCGUUUCUCGCGGGCAGCGGCCGACCUUGAGCGAUUUUUUAACUUCUGCGGCCUGGACCCAGAGGAGGCAAGGGGGCUGGGAGUGGCCCACCUGGCGCGGGCUAGCUCAGACAUCGUGUCCCUGGCCGGGCCCAGCGCUGGGCCCGGCAGCUCUGAGGGGGACUGCUCCCGCCGCAGCUCUGCCACUGUUGAGGAGCGGGCGCGGGAGCGGGAGCGCGUCCCCUAUGGCGUGUCGGUGGUAGAGCGUAACGCCCGCGUGAUCAAGUGGCUGUACGGGUUGCGGCAAGCGCGCGAUACCCCAGCAGCUGAGGGCUAGGCUUCCACGGGACGCCGCAUUUGCCACAGACAGAUCUUAGAGAGGCAACUGGCCCCUUGACCUCUUCUGCAUCCAUUCGCGGGCUUGGGGCAGACCCGAGGCUGCUGCCUUGUGUGAACUUGGUGUGGAGGCGGAGCCUCAGAGGCGGGACCAGCAUCCACCUGGCAAGGACUGACUCUGGAGAGAGUUGCCUCCUGACCUUGGGCCACCCUCUGCCCUUCACAUGUAGAGGUUUUGACAUGAGUCCUACUUGGCUCUUAUUGUGGGUUUGGAUUUGGGGCACUUAGCCUUCUCUACCGAGAGUGAGGGGCCAAAGGAUCUUACUAGGCCUAGCGGUUCUGUUUCCUUCUUCCUUGGUCUCUGACGUUUGCUGACUUCCUCUUCCUCUCCCAGGGGGCCCUGGUUCCCUGGGAACUUACUCUGGGUGGGGGCAGGGCCUUGGCAGCCUGGCCUAGGUGGGUAGACUACAGGAGGGACUGAUAGGAGUCUGUACUGCUCUGACUCCCCCCCCCCCCCCCCGCCCCCCUUUGGUUAAUAAACACACAUGCUUGUUUUUCAAA